AUGGAAUCCAUUGUCACCUGCUCCUCAGCCUCCCUCGCGCGGACCCUCGCUUCCUCGCCGCUCCCCUGCAGCCGAGUGCGCGUGCGCGUGCGAGAGCGGUGGGGGAGGGGGAGGGUGGUGGUGGCCGCGACGGCCUCCACGGGCAACUACGUGGUGCCGCUGGACGCCGCGCCAUCGGGGAUCACGCGCCCGCUCGUCGAGAUCCUCCGCGACCUCAACAAACGCGUCCUGGAGACCAUCAUUUUCCCCGCAUCCCGCCGCGCCUCCACCUCCGACCCCGUCAUCCCAUGGUACCACGCCAACCGGAUGCUCAGCUUCUACGCCCCGGUGAGCCUCGCCCCAUUUGCUGAAAUCUAA